AUGGACGCCGCGGCGCUGGAGUCGCUCAUCCUGGACCUGCACGCCAUCGAGGCCGUGAAGCUGGGCUCCUUCGUGCUCAAGUCCGGCAUCACCUCGCCCAUCUACCUGGACCUCCGCGCGCUCGUCUCCCACCCGCGUCUGCUCUCCGCCGUCGCCUCGCUCCUCCACGCGCUCCCCGCCACGCGCCCCUACGGCCUCGUCUGCGGCGUCCCCUACACCGCGCUCCCCAUCGCCGCCGUCCUCUCCGUCGACCGCUCCAUCCCCAUGCUCAUGCGCCGCAAGGAGGUCAAGGCCCACGGCACCGCCAAGUCCAUCGAGGGCUCCUUCCGCCCCGGGGACACCGUCCUCAUCAUCGAGGACCUCGUCACCAGCGGCGCCUCCGUGCUCGAGACCGCUGCCCCGCUCCGCGCCGAGGGGCUCGUCGUCGCCGACGCCGUCGUCGUCGUCGACCGCGAGCAGGGCGGCAGGGAGAACCUCGCCACUAAUGGGAUCACGCUCCACUCGCUCAUGACCCUCACCGAGGUGCUCGCCGUGCUGCUCAAGCACGGGAAGGUGACCGAGGAGAAGGCGCAGGAGGUGAGGCAGUUCCUGGACGCGAACCGGAAGGUGGCGGUGCCGGGGGCUGCGCCUGUUAAACCCAGGGUGCUCAGGAAGCCAUAUUCGGAGAGGGCGAAACUGGCCGCCAACCCUAUGGGGAAGAAGCUCUUCGAGCUGAUGGAGGCCAAGCAGACCAACCUGUGUGUCGCUGCUGAUGUUGGGACAGCGAAGGAACUCCUUGAGCUGGCUGACAAGGUCGGCCCUCAAAUUUGUAUGUUGAAAACCCAUGUGGAUAUAUUAUCUGAUUUUACACCAGAUUUUGGCUCUAAGCUCCGCUCGAUUGCUGAGAAACACAACUUCAUGAUCUUCGAGGACCGCAAGUUUGCUGACAUUGGAAAUACAGUGACCAUGCAAUAUGAAGGAGGAAUAUUCCGCAUAUUGGACUGGGCCGAUAUUGUUAAUGCGCAUAUAGUACCUGGACCUGGAAUCGUAGAUGGCUUGAAGCUGAAGGGUUUGCCUAAAGGAAGAGGGCUACUUCUGCUCGCUGAGAUGAGCUCUGCUGGCAACCUUGCUCAUGGAGAUUACACUGCUGCUGCUGUAAAGAUUGCUGAGCAACAUUCUGACUUUGUGAUGGGAUUUAUCUCAGUAAAUCCUGCAUCUUGGUCAGUAACACCAUCAAGCCCGGCAUUUAUCCAUGCCACACCAGGAGUUCAGAUGGUCGCUGGAGGAGAUGAUCUUGGGCAACAAUACAACACUCCUGAGUCUGUGAUAAACUACAGGGGCAGUGACAUAAUUAUAGUUGGACGUGGGAUUAUAAAGGCUAGCGAUCCAAUGAAGACGGCAUGGGAGUACCGCUUGCAAGGGUGGCAGGCAUACAAGAACAGCUUGCUAUGA